CAGACCCGAGACAGAAAGCCGAGCUCGCCAUAGAGAACGCUUUGGGAAAGAAGCAACUACAUUUUUUCCAUUUUUUUUUUCAUACUAUUUUCAGAGAACUACGGGUCUACCAUCUCCAAUGAAGCACCUCUUUACUCUGUUGAACGAUAGUCCAUAAAAUUCAGUCAUGAGUUGCUUGGAUGUUAUGUAUCAGGUUUAUGGUCCUCCGCAGCCGUAUUUUGCAGCAGCAUACAGCCCGUAUCACCACCAGAAGUUAGCCUUCUAUUCAAAAAUGCAAGACGCUCCAGAAAGUAGCAGCGCCACUAGUUCGUUUUCCAGCCAUUCUGCUCCCACUAUAAAAGAAGAGGAUUGCGGCCGCGAGAAAGAGUCUCCUCCAGAAGCCGAGUACAUCAACUCAAGAUGCGUUCUUUUCACCUAUUUUCAAGGGGACACCAGCUCUGUUGUAGAUGAACAUUUUAGCAGGGCUUUAAGCCAGCCCGGCAGUUACGCGACCAGUACCGCCGGUACCAAGUCAGCAAGAAGCACAUCCUCCUGGAGAGAUGGAUCAUUUCCAAUGAGUCAGAGAAGUUUUCCUCCAUCAUUCUGGAACAGCACCUACCAGCCUUCAGUGACAGCCACCUUAAGCAGCAGCCUUAACAGUUCCCUGAGUGGCCCCCACACAGAAAUCCCAUUCCCCACAGACCCUUAUUCCACUGCCUCUUUACACAGCCACCUGCAUCAAGCCCCCCCUGAGCCAUGGCAUCACGCACACCACCACCAUCACCCGUACUCCCUCAGUGGAGCAAUCAGCACACAGAGCUCCGCCUACCCACGUCCCAGCAUGCACGACGUCUAUGGAACGCACUUUGACCCCCGCUACAGCUCUUUGUUAGUGCCCUCAGUACGGCCACAUCGGUUGACCAAUGCCACUGUCUCCACGCCUGGUACCUCACAGUGUGACCUUGGGAAAAGUGAACCAGCCACCUCUGCGUGGACAACCCCAGGGGCCUUCACCGGACAAGGGGCAGACAUGGGUCAGAGCCUGAGUUUAAAUGUGGAUGCAGGUCUGCAGCCUCAGGAUAAAAGCAAGGAUCUCUACUGGUUUUAAAGCACUCCCACAUCUACCUCCCUUGGCUGCCCUGUAAAUCUGUACCUUGUAGAAAUUGUGAAAUUUAAAGACAAUUUCUUUCUAAUCUUGGUUUCAGCUCGACGUUAUUCCCUUUGCGGUGGACCUCUCCUGAGCUGAUAAGCUAAACACUUUAGAAAAAGAAAGAAGAUCAAACUGAUCAACCCACCUGAUUUUCUUGAGCUGAGAAAAGACAAAGUGGAGACAAUGGGACUCAAGUUACAUUUCUAGAUAACUCUAGAAGAGGGUUUGAAUGUACAGUGACUUUUUUGUUUUUAUUUGGACUUUCAAAAGGAAGUGUGUGAAAACACAGAUUUCCUGUAAACAACAAAAAACAUUUUGUUUUUGAAUUAUUUCUUUUGUUUCAUAAACAAGUAGAAAUUAUGGCAAGGAUUUUGCUUUAACACUAGCUUCAAGAUUCAUGGAACCAUUCUGCAGAUUAGAACAAAUAUAUGACAUCAGAAAGACAGACAUAUAAUUUGGAUUUGAACUGGUUAGUGGGUAUUUGAAGCCAACCGGACUCAGUAUCGCUCCACUGCAGCUGUCAGGAGCAACUGUUCAAACUCAACAAAGAGUUUGACCAAACAAGUGCUUUGGACUUCUUACAAGGAGCAUUUUGUGAAAUCUGGACCCUCCCCCAAAACAGCCUUCAUAGGGAACAACUGGACAAAGCAGCAGGAAAGAAUAUCAGCAAAGAGCACAUUGUCGACACAUGAUCUCAGUGGCUUAGAACGUACUUUGUGUGUGUGUGUGUGUGUGUGUGUGUGUUGCUGUCUUUCCGCCACUUUAGUCACCAGUAUUUUUAAAUUUUGAAAGAAGAGACGUUUGUAACUGUAAAAGAGUUGCAUUAAAGAUCUUUAUUACAAAGGUCUUCAGUGUUUGAGUUAUUGUUGGUGCAAGAUGUCAAAAGUCAAACAUAAGCUAGGCCGUUACAUAAGAAUACAUUAAUAUAUUACCAUUAAAGUAUUUAUUUUCAUAAUACAAAUAUGUUGUAAAUGUUACAUUUCUGUUCCUUUACAGCAAGUUGUGCGUGGCACAGCAAAACAAACGAAUGUCAUACAGUUCAGCUGUUUAAAGCUGCCUGUUGGUGGGGUAUUCUGGGUAUAACAAUAAGAUAGUACUGUAUUGUGCCUACUUUAGGCAGCUGUAAAUGUGAGUUUUACAUGCAAAAAAUGCAGUAUUCAGUGAACAAUUGGAAUAACCCUGACAGUUUAACAAUGCUGGCUGAAGCUAUGCCUGGUUCCAUUUUAUAAUAAAGAAGUAGGUUAUGGUUUACUUUUCAAAGGAGAAAAUGUACCUACACAUUUGCUUUUUAUUCCUUUGUGCAGUGUUUGCAGCUUUCAAAUUGUACAUUUGUUGCCAGAUUGAUCACAAUGGGUUUUAAACCCAAAGAGACUCCUUGAGCAGACCUUACCAAUUUGUGGGCAUGAACCAGUGGCUAAUUAUUUCAGAUGGUGUGAAGAACAAUGCUGUUGUAUUUGUAAUCUGACAGAUGGUUCCUUUACCGUAGUCUCAGCCAUACUAUGGAUUAUAUCUAAUUGUCUACAGCGGUUUCCAUCUGCCAAUUUUAUUUCAUCCCGCCAUGAAAAGAUAAAAUGCUACCUGCAAUUCUAUUUACAAUUAACUAAAACUUUUUGCCUCCAGAAAUGUAAGAAAACAUUUAUUUUAUAGAAAUGGCAUUGCACCCACCGUAACUAGAUUUGAAUGUUAGGUUUAAAACAUUUCAGUGGUGUGAUGUAAUGUGAUGAUAAGUAUUAGUUCAGUACAUUUUAUAUUAAUAAAAAAUAUAUGUAAAAUGAUAUAACUGUGCACUAUUUUGUGUAACAUUGUGGAACAUUUAGGGAGGUUCUGUUUUGACUGUAAGCCCUGUGUAUUAACCCAGCAGCCACAACACCACCUAAAGACAGAACAUGCAGCCCAGGUAUUGAACAUGUGUUUUCUGUCAUUGUAUGUUUUUAAUUUCAUGCCGGAAUAUACCGCAGCUGAUUCGUGUUGAUUAAAAAUACUAUAAACUAGAUUAAGGGCAAGUGAAAACAA